AUGGCUGAUUUCAGACAAUUUAGAAACAUAUUCUUAGUUGUGUUAUUUUUCAAUCUUUGUUACUUUCUAAAAAUCUAUCGAAACAACAAGAUCCAAAACGAAAUCCUAAAUUUCCGUCAUUCAUAUUACAACUAUUACAACGACGAUCAAAUCUCCAUCGGUUAUCUCAAAGAAGAAGAUUCACUCCCUGAGGAACAAGAACUAUUACAGUUGCUUCACAAAGUCAAACGUAAUGAAAACAAUACAUAUUGGUUGGCUAACACUACCAUGGAAUACCCAUCGAUUAUGUUGAAUGCAUUAGAUUUCUUACCACCACCUGAAAAUGAACCACAAUAUAUUACAUGGUAUAAUAAUCCAAAACUUUACUACGAACCUAGGCUCACAUUGGCAGUGUAUUUAGAUGAACUAAAACACCAACUUAAGUUGCAUAAUCCUGAUAAUUCUAAAACUAAAGACCACAUGAUAAAAUUACCAUUUUCGUGGUCAGAUUGGGUUGAUUUAACUAUGCUAAAUAGUGAAAUAAUGAAGCCAAUUGGUCUAAAAAAUAAUUGUGAGUGGUUGCAAAAAGAAGCAAAUAAACGAACUAGAUUUCCUGAUUUUUGUAAAGAUUUAGUUGAUUUAUCAGACGAGGAGAUUGAUGAAAUAGGGUUAUCUAAGGAUCAACUACCUGGAUUUAUUGUAAAAUCAUCACCUAUGAAUAAGGCACCACAUAUGGAGGUGAUGUUGCAAGGUAAAUCAUAUUUAUAUACCCAACAAGAAAAUCCACUAACACUAGUGUUUUUGACUAGUAAUGGCACUUAUGAAGCACAGCUCACAGAGAAAAGAGAAAAGUUACUACAAACAGAUUUAUUCCACCGGUUCUUGAAAAGAAGAAAGAUUGACUGUAAACAGGCCCAUGGCGUGGUACCAGUUGAAUUUAAUCCACAAUCUGAAUUCCGAAAAUUGUUACGUGCAAUCCCACCAAGACCACUAGAUCCAAAAGAUGAUUUGCAUGGCAUUAGUAAAAUCGUCUCAAAUAAAGGUGAUAGAAAUAUUUUGAGACAACUCAAUUUAGACCCUUCAACAUUCCAUUAUACUCAACAGAAUGUUGAACAACAAAUCGCCAGUUAUGAAACCAGAUUAAGUAAAAUCGAGAAGGUAAUAACAGAUGAGCUAAACUAUGAUCUAAAUGUCCUCGAAACAAAUAGAUUAACUAGGCACGAAUUAAAUCAUUAUCGUGGGUUAAAAUACGCCAAUUCCUUCUCGGUUGAUGUGGAACCAACCUAUUAUAAAUUGGCAACAUUGAAAAAAAAUCAAUAUAACCUUGAUUCAGGUUGGCAUUAUGAGUGGAGAUUUUUCAAUGGAGCUAUGAGAUAUCUAAAAGACGAGACGUGGUCAUAUGAACAAAUGGAAGUGAGAGAACAAAUAAUCUUGGACAGGUUAUUGAGAAAUUGGUUUAAAUUUGCUGAAGCAAAGGGUAUAGUUUCCUGGAUAGCCCAUGGUCCCUUAUUGUCUUGGUAUUGGGAUGGUUUAAUGUUUCCCUUUGAUAUAGAUAUUGAUCUCCAGAUGCCAUCGUCGGAAUUGAAUCGGUUGGCUGCCAAUUAUAAUAUGACUCUAGUCAUUGAAGAUUUAAAUGAAGGGUAUGGGAAAUACUUGAUAGACUGUUCCACAUUUAUACAUCACAGAAAUGUUGCUGGUAGAGACAACCACAUUGAUGCAAGGUUCAUUGAUGUUGACACCGGCACAUAUAUUGAUAUUACUGGUAUGGGCUUGAAUGAUGAAAAACCACCUCCGCAAUAUGACAAUUAUAUUAAUGAAAAAACGGAAGCCAAUGAAUCUGUCGAAUUAUACAUGGAUAGAAGAAAACAUUGGUUAAACUAUGAAAAAAUCAAUCCCUUGAGGUAUUCCAUGCUUGGAGGGGUUCCUGUAUUUGUUCCAAAUGAUAUUAUGUCAAUGUUGAACCAUGAGUACCCUAGGGGUACCAAGAGUCAUUAUUAUGAUGGAUAUUAUUAUGUUCCUUUGUUGCGAUUGUGGCUUCAAGAGUCAAAGAUUCUAACUGCUUUCAAGCCAGAACAAUAUGAGGCAGUGACAGAUGAGGCUCGACAAGAGAAUAUACUUGAACUUAUCAAAAACCUAAGGCAUGAAGAUGCCUUUCAAUUAUUGACACUGAGCAAUGAUAUACUAAUCGAGUACUACUUGACCCAAAAAUACACUGGAUUGCAUGUAAGAGAAAAACAACUAAUGAUGGACGAAGCUUCAGAACGACUGAUACUUGAUCUAGAACACAAUGAACAAUACAACAGCUUAACAUCAAAUUUUUAUAUUGGACCUCCUUUGAGGAAAUGUUUGUUUGAUUUCGAGUAUUAUGGGCGAUUUAAACAUAUGGCGAAGCAAACUGUGUCCACAAUUGUAGAAAAUGAGAAGAUGGAGGAGUCUAAAACAUUUUGA